AUGUCUUCGCACCCUCAACCGACAACCCACUCACAUUCCCUUGGCGAUCCAGAAACCUUUUGGUCCCAUCAUGCGGCCAGACUCCACUGGCACCGCAAGCCUUCACGUGCCUUGACGCGGCAGACAAAGUCUCUCCCGAGCGGAACCGAGCAUGAGCACUGGUCGUGGUUCGCCGAUGGCGAGAUCUCCACAACCUACAAUUGUGUCGACCGACAUGUGCUCGCAGGCCACGGUGACAAUGUUGCCAUUGUAUGGGAAUCACCGGUAACCGGUGUAACGGAGAAGUAUACUUACGCCCGCUUACUCGAUGAGGUCGAGGUUCUUGCCGGUGUACUUAGGGAGGAAGGGGUAAAGAAGGGCGAUGUUGUUAUUAUCUACAUGCCAAUGAUCCCUGCGGCCCUAGUAGCUGCGUUGGCAAUAACCCGCCUAGGCGCAAUUCACGCCGCUGUUUUCGGUGGCUUCGCUCCGCAAGCUCUGGCACAACGCAUCGAGGCCGCCCGCCCAAAAGUUCUAAUGACAGCGUCAUGUGGAAUAGAGGGGUCCAAGGGACCCAUUUCAUAUCGGCCACUCGUCGAAGGCGCCGUCAAGGCAAGCAGCUUUAAGCCGAGCAGGAUCAUUGUCUGGCAGCGUGACCAACUGCGCUGGGAUCAGCCCGAUAAGCGCGGUGGCCAGCGUAAUUGGCAGAGACUCGUUAAGAGCGCACGAUUCCGUGGGGUUAAGGCUGGACCUGUUCCUGUUAAGAGUACGGAUGCACUUUAUAUUAUCUAUACAAGUGGAACCACCGGCCUCCCCAAAGGCGUCCUGCGUGAAGCAGGUGGGCACGCCGUGGGUCUGGAACUCUCCAUAAAGUCGCUCUUCGGGAUCAAAGGUCCCGGCGACACAAUGUUCUGCGCAUCAGACAUAGGCUGGGUCGUCGGACACUCUUACAUCCUUUAUGCACCGCUGUUAGUCGGCGCCACAACGGUCCUGUUUGAAGGUAAGCCCGUCGGCACGCCGGAUGCAGGGACAUUCUGGCGCAUUGUCGAGAAACACAAUGUAAAUGCCCUCUUUACAGCACCAACUGCCAUGCGAGCUAUCCGGAAAGAUGAUCCGGACGACCAGCUUAUCGGCGAGGUCGGAAAGCGCGGGGGAUUGAAAUCUCUCCGUGCCCUUUUCCUCGCUGGUGAGCGCAGCGAGCCUGGUAUUGUUAGCUCAUAUCAAGAUCUUCUUCGGAAGUAUGCAGCGGAUGGUGCGCUUGUUAUUGACAACUGGUGGUCGUCUGAAUCUGGAUCCCCGAUUACGGGUGUUGCAUUGAAUGGGAGUGCUGCCCUUGCUAGUCUGGCAUCCGGGCCAGAUCAUUCUCCUCUCACAACCCGACCUGGCUCAGCAGGUUUCCCACUGCCUGGGUUUGACGUCCGCAUCGUCGAUGACGAGGGCAGUGAAGUCCCGCGCGGUACUAUGGGCAAUAUCGUUAUGGCACCACCACUCGCCCCGUCGGCAUUCACGACCCUCUUCGAGGACGAGGAGCGGUUUUACCGUGGGUAUCUUAAGCGUUUCAAUGGCCGCUGGGUCGAUACCGGCGAUGCGGGGAUGGUUGAUGAGGAUGGCUACGUGCAUAUUAUGUCGCGAAGUGACGAUAUCAUCAAUGUUGCCGCGCAUCGGUUCAGUACCGGAUCCAUUGAACAAGCAAUUCUCUCGCACCCAUUGAUCAGCGAAGCAAGCGUCGUCGGCAUCCCCGACCCGCUAAAAGGCCACCUUCCCUUCGCAUUCAUCCAGCCCAAAGCUGGCCCAAUCACUGGAAAAAGCAAUCCUCUUCCAGCAACACCGACCCCGCAGUUAUUUGCCGAGGUUAACGCGCUGGUCCGCGAGCAGAUUGGGGCUAUUGCGUCGUUGGGUGGGAUUAUACAGGGUCGGGGGAUGAUCCCUAAGACGCGAAGUGGGAAGACGCUUAGGCGUGUUCUUAGAGAGCUUGUUGAGUAUGGGGUGAAGGGGGAGUAUGCGGCGGAGAUUAAUGUGCCGCCUACCGUUGAGGAUGCGGAAGUUGUUUCUGUUGCAAGAGAGAGGGUUAGGGAAUAUUUUGAGGAGAAGGAGAAGGCAAAUGGGGUCGACAAGGCGAAGCUUUAG